AUGGCCCCUCACGCUGAUAUUGAUGUCAGCCACGUGGCCCAAGGACUGGAUCCGCGGAGUGAAAAUGCGGAACUCGUAACGAUAUCUAUCGGCAAGAUUAUGGACUGCGAUAAAGUGACAGAGGAGACUUUACUAAAUGCUGCGAAGGAUCUGGGUUUUUUCUACCUUGAUAUAUUCGAGCAUGCCCUGCAUAGUGCUCCUCGUGAUAAGUCCACCAAAUUACCGAAGGAGUUCCAGCAGAGGCGCGAGACGUUUGAAGAUAUUAACAAUACACUGGGCGAUAUGGGAAGAGUCAUUCUGGACAGUCUGUCACGAUCUCUAAAUUUGGGCGACAAACAGAACCUUGUCAAACAUCACCGCAAGGGCCACGCCUCUACUACCGCCCUCGGACUUCUCAAGUACCUACCUCACGAACCUAAAAGUGAGGAAGUCGGCCACGUUUCCCACACCGACAUUGGGAGUCUUUCGAUGGUAUUCUCUGAUGUGGGUGGAUUACAGGUGUAUCAUCCUGGAAAGAAAGCGUGGAUGUUCAUCCCGCCAAAACCAGGUCAUACUGUGUGCAACAUCGGUGAUUCAGCAGAGUUUUUGUCCAAAAAUCUGCUCCGGUCGUCACUUCAUCGCGUUAUACCGCACCCGGCAGAGAAGGGCAAGAGCAAGCUGACUGUUGUAUAUCUCAUGAGACCUGAGACAGAUGCCGUGUUUAUUGACCGUGAGGGAAAGGAGUGGAGAAGCGUGGAUUGGCACAACAUGAAGAACCGCCUGUUUGCGGAAGAUCUGGAGUCACAGGCUAGCAACCUCGCCCUCACUGGCCGCCUGGGCCAUGACGAUCUUUGGGACGAGAAGGAGCUUUGA